AUGGCAGGUAGUAAGGAACAGGCAGAGGGCGACAAGCUCCUCACAGACACCAACAAUAACAAUAACAACAGUGGUGGCGGCGACAGCGGCGGCGUGCGGGGAGAAAAGUAUGCCUUGCGACCCAGAACACUUAUCAAACGACUGCAGCAGGAGAAGGUGCGACAGGACAUCCCCAAGAGGUCUCCCGUCAAGUCCAAGUCGCGGCCAGCACCACUCUCCAAGUACCGCCGGAAGACAGCCAACGCCCGAGAGCGGCUCAGGAUGCGGGAGAUUAACAACGCCUUCGAGUCCCUGCGGCGCGUGCUGCCUGAGGGAGCGGAAGUGCAGGCCAGCAGCACCUCGGCCAUCACCAAGAUCAUGACGCUGCGCCUCGCAGUAGAAUACAUCAAGGCUCUCUCCUUUGUGCUGGAGGAUGAUGCCGACCAGCCCUUCGGUCCUCUGGGUGGCUCCCUGCACUCCUGCCUCCACCACUCCCUCCCGCUAUCCCUUCACCACCACAAGGCCCUCCAGCCCGCCAGGGUCACCGCAGCCCCUCAUAACGCACACCCACACCCACCGCCACUGCCUCUCCACCACCACCACAGGCCGCCCACACAGUUGGUGGCUCAUUACGGCAACUGUAACCCCAUCUCCACCUCCUCAUCCCCGGCCACUGUUCGCACCUCCGUCAGCAGCACCAGCGACCUAGAGGAGCUCUUCUCGGACGACUCAGGGCUACUGGAGGAGAGCUUUGAUGUCUUUCACGACCUCCAAACUUUGGCAACGGCUGAUCCCUUCGACAUAUUGCUGGGGGCGGACAAGGACGCCGCCCUCGCCUUCCCUGCGGAGCUGUGCAACUGA